UGAGAAUGUUUUACAACGAUGAAGACAAGGGCAAGCCGAUGGUUCAACUGACAAUGAUUAACAGGAAUGAACUCCCCAUUACAUGCACUUUGUCAGAUGGAUUUCAUUCAUGUUAUGGCAUUAUUGCACCGAGCGUUGAUGAGUCACUAAUUAGUCAGCUGAAAAGUGGGGCCAUGAUUCAUUUGACCUCUUUCUUAAUUGUCAACUACUUGAAGAGGAUUAUUUCCAUUGAACGGUUUGUGGUUGUGUAUGCUGACAAUGCAAUUGUUGGUAAUCCAAAGCUAUUGCCCUGGUAUAUUGCAGUUAGGGAAAUUAAACCAGCUCUUCCACAACCUAUAGCAAUCAUUGGGAGGGUUAUAGCUAAGUCUGAAAUGUAUAGCCAAAUGAAUGAAGAAGGAAUCAAUGCACCAUAUUCAUUCUAUUUCGAUGUUAUUGAUCAACAUUAUGACAGGGUUCGAGUUACAUGUUUUGGGCGGGACAAUGUUGAAAAGUUUUAUCCCAAAAUUAUCGAAGACGAGAUUUACUCAAUUGUAGCAGUGGACCUGAAAGUAGCCAACAAAAGGUACAACCUUCUACAUCCCUAUGAACUAAUAAUUACUUCUGCAACUUCAAUUGAGAAGUUUGAUGAUGGCAAUAUGAAUAUACCAACACACUUACACAACUACAUAACUGUGAGGGGCUUGAGUGGAUUGGAAGUUAAGACCGUGUUAGAUUUCAUUGCCAUAGUUGUCCGGGUAGGUCCUAUACAGACAAAGGAGAAAGAUCGGAGAGUACUGUUGCUUCAGGAUCCUACUGGUCAAGUUAAUAUCACAUUAUGGGGGCAUCAUUGUGAAAAGACGCCUCCAGAAUUAUCUGUGGUUGCAUUCCAAAGUGUGAGCCUAGAAGAGUAUAAGGGAAUUCGAAAAUUGAGUACAACCGGUAUCUCACGACUAUGGGUUGAGCCUCCGUUUGCAGAAGCUACCCGUAUAAGAAACUGGUACACCCGUAGAAAUCAAGCUCAGUCUCUUGGCGAAGAACCAGAGGAAGAGGAAGGACCUAAUGCUACAAAGGUUUUGGUACGGUUUCCAAAUGGCGAACGCAAGGAAAGGAGGUUCAACAGCACAGUGACAGUUCAAUCAUUGUAUGACUAUGUCGAUUCCUUGGGCUGUUUAGAAGAGAAUUACACCCUAGUCUCUAAUUUUCCUAGGGUUGUUUAUGGAGAAGAAAAGUUGAGACUGUCAUUAAUCGAAGCAGGAUUGCAUCCUCAGGCCACCCUAUUUGUGGAGCUUGCCAGAUAAUUUCACUUGUUUACAAUUAGGAAUCUAUGGCAUAAUUUCAGAACAUGUUUUGACUAUUGGGGACUAUGUAGUGCAUGAAAUCACAAGACUUCUUCCUAACAAUAAAAACUGUCUGUGUGUGUUAAUUUGUUUGCAUGGGGUAUGUCACUGCCUGGUUUAUUAAUGUGUCUGUUAUGUGUGGGUGGGUGGGUGUAUUUUUCUGGUUAAUGAUGUAAGAGUUAACAAUGGGUGGGAAUUGUUUUAGCUUGUGUAGAGAUGGAU